CAAAAACGACUUAACCCCCACGCCGCUCAAGAGUCCAACAAAACCCCCGAGAGAGUCCUCACUCAGACAGUAGUCGUUUCUUGGCCCGCAGCUAUCUGACGAAACGCACAACCUUUAGAAGCCGAUUGAGAAGAUGGCCAAGGACAGCUGUUUGAGUCGCAUGGCCGCCGGCGCGGCUGUCGGCGGCGCUGUUGGUUGUGCUGUUGGUGUGAUGUAUGGGUCGUUUGAGGCUAUACGGUGUAAGGUGCCAGGGGUGGAGAAGAUCAGGUUUGUUGGACAAAGGACGAUUGGGACUGCAGCUGUUUUUGGUCUUUUCUUAAGUGCUGGGGCAUUAAUACAUUGUGGAAAGUCAUAUUAAGCUCGUUUUCUUUCCUGUAGAAUCAAAAACGAUUCUUGUUCUAUAUACAAUGGCGUUUUGAAUGUUGAGUUAGCCAGUGAGGAGUUAAGGGUGAUCAGUAUUUAUGUUUUGUUGCUGUUUAUCCUCUUAUUGUUAUCCAGGCCAGCGAGUUCAGAUAUCUUUUCACCUCAUAGGAGUGGCGUUUUUCUUUUCAUC